AUAAUACAGAUCUCCAUGUAUUCAUUCAUACAUCCCAUUCAACAUAAACAUAAGUAUUUAUAUUUACGGAUAGGAUUGACUUCCCCAACCUGCUUCUCUCUCUAUUCCAUCUCUCUGUUCUCUGCCGGAUAUUCAUCUUCACUACUAGUUUUUCCUAUUGCUGUUUCUGACUUUGUUUCGUUUUCGCAGUGCUUCAAAUUCAAAGAGAGACAGAGAGAGAGAGAGACACAGACAGACACUAACAUGGCGCAGAUACUGCUUCAUGGCACUAUGCACGUCACUAUCUAUGAGAUUGAUAAACUUCACGCUGGUUUUGGUCGCAAAUUCUUCAGCAAGAUUGUGGAAAACAUUGAGCAAACUGUCGGUUUCAAUAAAACUGCUUCUAGACUCUAUGCUACCAUAGAUUUAGAAAAAGCCAGAGUUGGCCGAACCAGGCUGUUAGAACAUGACCGCUCCAAUCCCCGCUGGUACGAGUCUUUCCACAUUUACUGUGCCCAUAUGGCUUCUAAUGUUAUCUUCACAAUCAAAGAAGAUAAUCCUAUUGGGGCAGAGCUGAUUGGAAGAGCUUACAUGCCUGUCCGAGAACUCCUUAAUGGAGAAGAAGUCGAUAGAUGGCUUGAGAUUGUCGAUAAUGACCAUAAACCCCUUCACGGACAUUCGAAGAUCCAUGUGAAACUACAAUAUUUUGAGAUUACUCAAGAACGUACUUGGUCUCGAGGGAUUAGAAGUGCAAAGUUUCCCGGUGUCCCUUACACAUUUUUCACUCAGAGAAAUGGAUGCAAGGUUACUCUUUAUCAAGAUUCUCACAUUCCAGACAACUUUGUACCUAAAAUUCCUCUUUCUGGGGGAAAAAAUUAUGAGCCACAUCGAUGCUGGGAAGACAUAUUUGAUGCCAUUUCUAAUGCGAAGCACUUCAUAUACAUUACAGGGUGGUCUGUAUUUACUGACAUCACCCUGGUAAGGGACACGAGAAGGCCGAAGCCAGGAGGUGACAUAACUUUAGGGGAGCUUCUGAAGAAGAAGGCCAACGAAGGUGUGAGGGUUCUGAUGCUUGUUUGGGAUGAUAGAACUUCGGUUAAGUUAUUGAAAAAGGAUGGUUUGAUGGCCACUCAUGACGAAGAAACUGAAGAGUUUUUCCAUGGCACUAAAGUUCACUGUUGCUUAUGCCCUCGGAACCCUGAUGAUGGGCGGAGCAUUGUUCAGGACUUGGAGAUUUCUACCAUGUUCACUCAUCACCAGAAGAUUGUUGUGGUGGACGGUGAGAUGCCCAGUGGAAGAUCAGGAAAAAGGAGAAUUGUGAGCUUCGUCGGCGGAAUUGAUCUCUGUGAUGGGAGAUAUGACACUCCCUUCCAUUCCCUUUUCAGGACCUUGGAUACAGUACACCACAAUGAUUUUCAUCAGCCCAAUUUCACCGGUGCCUCUAUUAACAAAGGUGGUCCGAGGGAGCCAUGGCACGACAUUCAUUGCAGGUUAGAAGGGCCUAUUGCUUGGGAUGUCCUCUUCAAUUUUGAGCAGAGGUGGAGGAAGCAAGGUGGGAAGGAAGUGCUUAUUGCACUAAGAGAACUCGAGAACAUAAUUAUACCUCCUUCUCCGGUAAUGUACCCAGAAGACAAUGAAAUAUGGAAUGUUCAGUUGUUUAGGUCCAUUGAUGGUGGAGCCGCUUUUGGCUUCCCUGAAAGCCCCGAAGAUGCAGCUAAAUCGGGGCUCAUCAGUGGGAAGGACAACAUCAUUGACCGGAGCAUUCAAGAUGGUUACAUCAAUGCCAUUCGUCGUGCAAAGAAUUUUAUUUACAUUGAGAAUCAGUAUUUCCUUGGGAGCUGUUUCGGUUGGAAUUCUAGUGACAUCAAGGAUGAAGACAUCGGUGCUUUGCAUCUGAUUCCAAAGGAACUGUCAUUGAAGAUUCUUAGCAAGAUUGAAUCUGGUGAAAGGUUCACUGUCUACAUUGUGCUUCCAAUGUGGCCAGAGGGUAUUCCGGAGAGUUCUUCUGUUCAGGCUAUUCUGGAUUGGCAAAGGAGGACUAUGCAGAUGAUGUAUACUGAUAUAGCUCAAGCCAUUCAUGCCAAGGGAAUUAAUGCAAGCCCUAAAGACUAUUUGACAUUCUUUUGCCUUGGGAAUAGGGAGACACCGAAGAGUGGAGAGUAUGUGCCUUCAGAAAGGCCGGAAAACGACACAGAUUACAGUCGAGCUCAGCAAGCUAGGAGGUUCAUGAUCUAUGUUCAUGCCAAGAUGAUGAUAGUUGAUGAUGAAUACAUAAUCAUUGGAUCAGCCAACAUCAACCAAAGGUCAAUGGAUGGUGCCAGGGACUCAGAAAUCGCCAUGGGAGGCUUCCAACCAUAUCACCUAGCCACCAGGCAGGCUGCCAGGGGUCAGAUCCAUGGCUUCCGCAUGUCAUUGUGGUAUGAGCACUUAGGCAUGCUCGACAACUCCUUCCUUCAGCCCGAGAGCUUGGAUUGCAUUCGAAAGGUGAACCAGAUUGCAGAAAAGUACUGGGACCUCUAUUCCUGGGAGACACUGGAACGCGACUUGCCUGGCCACCUGCUCACCUAUCCUGUUGGAGUUACUGCAGAUGGACAGGUCACUGAGCUGCCUGGAACAGAGUUCUUCCCAGACACCAAAGCUCGGGUUCUUGGGACUAAAGCUGAUUUCCUUCCUCCAAUUCUAACCACUUGAGAUUCUCAGUAAAUUCAAAUAAUAUUCUCUUACUCCUGGAUAGUAGUAUCAUAGAAUUUGAGUUAUGAAGACUGUUUUUGUGUAUUGUGAAAUUGCUUGAUGAGUUCUUAUCUUGUUGACUAUAAAUUGAACUCCCAUGUAUGUGUACUAUCGGUUGGAUAGACUGAUGGUGUGCUUUUGUUUUCAAAUUGUCAUGUUUGUAGAUUAUCAUAAUUAUUAGAUUAGAA